GACCAAGAAACAAGGUAUUAAGAAUGAAAAAUUCAAUGUCAACUUAGUGUCACUGUCAAAAAAUAAAAUAGAAAAAACGCGGCCCGGUCUACUUCUACAAAUUUUUACGUUACAAAUUUAUAAACUUAUGAAUUAGUGUUUCUACUUAUCAAGAAUUCCAAUAUGGCUAACCAAUGGGGACAGAAGGCUGAGGAGCUGGAAAUUAACAACAAGAUAGCUGGACUUGGCCUCGGGAAACCCCCUCUGGAUCGAACCACUGAGUCCGACGAUAGUCAGGACAAUGCCAAUCCCGCUGAGACCUCAUUGUUAAUGAAGAUCAUCAGGCAAGGCUUGGUAGAAUCCAAAUUGGAUAUUGAGGUUCAACGAAAAGAUCCUAACUCACCUUUAUAUUCUGUGAAAACUUUUGAAGCUUUACACUUAAAACCAAACUUACUAAAGGGAGUUUAUGCUAUGGGAUUCAAUGCGCCCUCCAAGAUCCAGGAGACUGCGUUGCCAACAUUGUUGGCUGAUCCUCCUCAGAACAUGAUUGCCCAGUCUCAGUCUGGAACUGGUAAAACUGCAGCUUUUGUCUUGGCAAUGCUGAGCAGGGUCGACACCACCAAGAAUUACCCACAAGUGCUUUGUUUGAGUCCCACUUAUGAACUUGCUAUUCAAACUGGAGAAGUGGCUGCUAAAAUGGCGAAAUUUUGUCCAGAGAUUAAGUUAAAAUAUGCUGUUCGAGGUGAAGAAGUGCCCAGGGGUACUAAAAUUACAGAUCACAUCAUUAUUGGAACACCAGGCAAGAUGCUGGACUGGGGAGUAAAAUUUGGAAUGUUUGACCUGAGCAAGAUCAAAGUUUUUGUUCUGGAUGAAGCUGAUGUGAUGAUUGACCGUCAAGGUCACCAGGACCAGUGCAUUCGUAUUCACAAAUGUUUGCCUUCAACAUGUCAGAUGAUGUUUUUCUCUGCCACAUAUGACACUGCUGUGAUGGAAUUUGCAGAAAUUAUUGUACCGAACCCCAUUAUUAUUAGACUGCUCCGUGAAGAGGAGUCACUUGACAACAUUAAGCAGUAUUAUGUAAAAUGCAAAAAUGCUGAAGAGAAAUACAGGGCUAUUUGCAAUAUUUACGGUGUCAUUACAAUUGGCCAGGCUAUAAUUUUCUGUCAUACAAGGAAAACUGCAUCUUGGUUGUCUGAGAAAAUGUCAAAAGAUGGUCAUUCUGUGGCUGUUUUAUCUGGAGAGCUGACAGUGGAGCAGAGGAUUGCUGUGCUGGAUCGCUUCCGUGCUGGAUUAGAGAAGGUCCUUAUCACUACCAAUGUCUUAUCCCGAGGUAUUGAUGUUGAACAAGUAACGCUGGUUGUAAACUUUGACAUGCCUAUGGAUAUGGAGAAGAAAGCUGACUGUGAGACUUAUCUGCAUAGAAUUGGACGCACAGGAAGAUUUGGCAAAGCUGGUAUUGCCAUAAACUUGGUAGAUUCAGCUCAGUCCAUGGAGAUUUGCAAAACCAUUGAAGGUCAUUUUGGUAAAAAAAUACAUCUCCUUGAUAUUGAAGAUGCUGAAGAAAUUGAAAAAAUUGGAGCCUAAAAUAUUAUGUUUAUAAUUUUGUACUUAGAUUAUAAGGUUGUUACUGUACUCUUAAUAUUUAAGCACAAACUUCAGUGGGCCUAGUGGAAGUGGAAGUUUUUCUUACAGUUGGAUAAGUAAAAAGUAAACUCCAAAUUGUAUGGAUCUGAGCGUGUGUUCAGAUAGAUGGCGACACCCGCGCUUUAUAAAUUCGCGUUUACUUUUUACUGCUGAAACUGUGUAAAAACUAGCACUUUGCAUGCUCUUCUGCUAAAAAUACAUUCAAUACUUAUUGUCGCUUGCCAAAAUGUGAUUGGUUAUUUGACAAUAAGCAGUUCUAAUAAGCAAUGGCAUGUUGGUGAUUCAAAACAAAUUGUGAUUUUUAUGACUAUGUUAGCAUAGUUUGAAUGUUUCAAAAACAUGAUAAUACAUUCUAUGUUUUGUAAUAGAUUUUAUAUUAUUCAUUUAAAAUUAGGUACCUACCAGACAUUCCGUCUGCUCAUUUCGAUAACACAAGUUAUUGUGAUAGAGUCGUAUAAAUUUACUGAUGUUCAUGUGAGCUGUAAGGCUACAACCCAAUACCUUAUGCAUUAACUAUUGUUUUAUGACCAUUAUUUGGCUUGGCCCAGUUAUGUUAAGUUUGUAAACCAACUAGUGACUGGUUGAAAUAAAAAAACAUUACUACCCUUA